AUGAGUGAAGGUUGUACAAGUGCGCUUAUUUUUUUGUUGUGCAAGUAUAAUGGUUACACAUUUGCAAUUAAGAUUGAUCAAAAUGUUACAGAUGAUCAGUUGGUUGAGAAGCUAUGUUUGAAAUGGGAUAAUUUGCAAUCUGAUAAUAUUUGUCUAUCUUACUCAUUGCCUGGACAUCCUAAUUGUACGUUAGACAACAAUGAGGAGUUAGAUUUGUUGUUGGCAUUAGUUGUGCAUUUUGAUUCAAAGUGUAUUGAUGUUGUUGUGCGAGUAAAAGACUCAACCAUUGAUUGUGGUUAUCUCAACAACAGAUUGGAUUAUGGAGAAAGAGAGUCAAUGUUGGAUCUUGAAGUUUGUGAUAUUGCAUUGUCUCAUGAUAACAGUAAGUCUGUGAACUUGUCAAACAGAGCAUCUACAUCUUCCAAAAGGAAUUCGAGGUUGGAGGUUGAAGAAAAGGUUGAUACGUUAUCAUCAUUUUGUCGACACAAGGGAAAAUUUUCUAUUGAGUGUGGAUUUGAGUUCAUAUUUGUUAAGAAUGAUAAAGUUCGUGUUACUGCACAAUGUUUGUUUAAAGAGACAAAAAGUUAUAUGUGGAAUGUUCAUGGUAGAGUGGAGAAUGCUAAUGAGUUCUUUUAUAUAAGGAAGUUGAACAAUGUCCACACAUGUGGUGCUGAAGUACGCACGAUGACUCAUUCUCGUAUGAGUUCUGAUUUAGUUGCUGAUUUGAUUGUUGAAGGUGUUCGUGAUAAUCCAUUGACACGUCCAGUUCAUGUUGUUCGGGAUUUUAAGUUGGGGUAUGGGCUAAGAUUAAGAUGGUAUGUGGAUGUUGCCAAGAGUUGCAAUCCAGGGAGUUACAUUGAGUUUGAGUAUGACGAUGAUACUAAACGGUUUAACAGAUUAUUUGUUUCUUUUCAUGGUUCCAUUAGUGGAUUUGAUUAUUAUCGACCUCUCUUAUUCCUUGAUGGCACAUUUUUGAAGGGAAGAUUUAGAGGAAAUUUACUUGCUGCUACAGGAAAAGAUGGAAAUCAAGGGUUCUUUCCUGUUUGUUUUGCAGUUGUUGGCUCAGAGAAUCAAGAUAAUUGGCGCUGGUUUUUGGAGCAUUUGAGUAGAAUUGUUUCACCAGAACGAACUAUUACAUUUGUGUCAGAUCGUAACCUUGGAUUAGUUGAAGUGUUGCAAAAGGUUUUCCUAAUGGCUUUCCAUGCUUAUUGUUUAUAUCAUUUGAAGAUGAACUUGAGGCAUCAUUUGCGUGGUGGGUCAAGAGUUGAAAAGUUUUUAGAUGACAUAUCAUAUGAUCGUUGGAGUAAUGCAUACUUUCGAGGGCAACGCUUUGGAGAGAUGUGGUCAAAUGUAGCUGAAUCUUUCAAUUUGUGGAUACGAGAGGAAUGCCACUUGUCUAUCACAAAGUUGAUUGAUAGUGUAAGAAUUAAGUUGAUGAGGAAAAUUGCUAAGAGGAGGGAACUUGUUAAUAAAUGGAAUGGUUUGAUUAGCCCUAAAAUGGAGUCCAAGUUGCAUGAUGGUUUUAAUACUUCGAGGCCAUGGAUUGUUAGUUCAUUUGGAAAUGAUGUUUAUGAGGUGCAUUCACAUCCAUCUGUUUCAGUUGACAUUAGUAGACGAAUAUGUUCUUGUGGCGAAUAUCGAGAGUCCUAUUCUUUUCCUAUAUAUCCUGUUCCUUCAAUUUGGAAACCAGAUUGUAAUGUUGAUGGUGAUAAUGAAGUUGUUCUUCUUCCUUUGUCUAAGAAGCAACCAAAAAGGCCAAAUAAGAAGAGGAUUCGUUCAAAUGGUGAGAAAGUGAGGCAAAUUACUUGUAGUAGAUGUGGGAAGGUUGGCAAUCACAAUAAGAAAUCGUGUAAGGAGGCUUUGUGA